AUGGAUAUUUUAGAGAACGACAAACAUAUUAAAUUAAAUUCUACGAUUGAGCAAGACGGUGCUUAUAAACUUAGAUUACAGGACAGAGAUUUCAUAUUUUGGUUAACAGUUUUUCAUAAAGUCAUGCCACAUGUCGAAAUAAUUUUUAAGCAACUGCAGACGAUUAAUUCCGACCCUAUCAAGGCUAAACAAGAUCUGAAAAACUUUGAAAAUGCAAUGCAAAAAAUUCGUAUUCGUAAAAUUAGGCUUCAACUACCAGGGUUAUUUCGCCUCGUGUUAUGUGCAGGCUUUGUUACUGUUUCCCAGCGCCACUUUAGGAACAGCACUGUUAAUUAG